AAAUAGAGUACUCCAUACCUCCUAGGGCGGUACUAUUCAUUAGUGAAGCAGAUGAUUAUACUACUAUACAUGAGAAUGUUCUAAAUCAUGUUAGAGGCGACGGAUUUUCCGAAAUUAAAUUAAUUUACGGAAAAUUGCCAAAAUAUAAGAAUUCUCUAUAUGUUGCUUCUAGACUAUGGCCCAUUCACGAUGAGCAGACAUGGCGUCAUUUUUUCCGGAUCGCUAAAAAUGAGUAUGAGGAGUUGCACAUUUACGUGGAAGCUUCAGCGACCCCGCCACAAACUUUGACGUUCCACGGAACUCCCAGAGAGGAAGGCCCAUCAUCCGUAUAUGGUCGGAGGAACAACCGCCAAACGUUUCAGAACUACGAAUCUCCUGUCACAAACUUGGGUGAAGAGUCGGACGACCCAGACUAUGAACAAGGUUUUAGUAGUGAUGUCGAUUCAUCCACGAGCGACGAUAGUGACGACGUAGUAGACACCACCUGGGCUAAUGUGGAGCUAGAAGAACCAUAUGUUCAAGCAUUAGAUUCUGAGCCUGAAAGGAUCGAAGUAGGCGCAGUUUACUGUUCAUAUGAUGCACUGAAAGAAGCGGUGGCGAGAGAAAACAUUCGUCAAUUUCGUCAAUUCAGAACGGUUGACAAAAGGCCACGGUCCUGGAAGGCGGUUUGCAUAGACCCGACCCUUUGCACUUGGCAUAUCCAAGCAGGAGAAGGUAUGACGUCAAAAAAGUGGAAAGUAAAAAAAUAUCAACCCCAUCACAGUUGUAGGGAGGAUCCUGUCAUGGCUCGGGAUGACAGGCUCCUAACGGCCAAAAUUAUAGCCAGUGAAAUCGCUCCAAAAGUGAAAGUCGACCCGGACUACAGCAUUAAACUGAUAAUGUCAGACAUAUAUGAAAAUUUUAAUAUCCGUGUUUCAUAUAAAAAAGCUUGGAAUGGACGCUUGAUCGCUCUGGAGCGUAAAUUCGGCAAUUGGGAGGCAUCAUAUAAUGAACUUCCUAUGUUGUUGGAAUCUAUACAGUUUUCAAAUCCGGGGACUGUUGUUCAUUUGCAAUCACAACAGGCCGGCACUCCUGAUACGUCUGAAUUCCGCCGAGUGUUCUGGUCAUUCAAGGCUUCUAUAGACGGUUUUAGAUUUUGCUUACCCGUAGUCUCGGUUGAUGGCACUCA